AUGGCAGCGGUAUCGAACGCGAACGCGGGGACGGGGACGGGGCCUCCGGAUGCGGGACUGUCGCGCGACGACCAGACGCUGCUGCUCUUUGCGGGGUUGAUGGAGGGUGGCAAGGAGGAGGACGAAACGGUGGCAGAGUUGGACCGGCUGAGCAAGCUGCUGGGCGACGACGUGGCAGCGACGGGACAGGGCGAACGGUCGAUCUGCCAGCUGAUUGACAGCGACUGCGUCGACACGCUGCUGGGGUACCUGGACAUGCGGCAGCCAGAGGUGGUGCGGGGCCACGGGACGCUGGCGACGUCGGCGUACCUGCGGGCGGCCGGCGACGAGGGUGCGAAGAAGCUGUCGGCCUUUUUCUACGACCGGGUGCGCCGGGGUACAUACGACGACUACAUUGUGGCGUUCUGCGUGGCGGCGGCGCUGUUCCCGAUCGUGCCGGAGCUGACGGCGGAGAUGUUUCUGAGCGAGGGCUUCCUGCCGAGCCUGGGGCCGCUGAUGCGGCGGAAGUGGAAGAGUCGCAAGGUCGAGACGGCCUGUCUGGAGCUGCUUAACGUGGCAUGCAUGAACGGGGCGUGUCGAGAGGCGGUGCAAAAGUACUGCGGCGAUUGGCUGGAGGAGAUUGUGGACCAGGACCCGGACGACGUGGUCAAGGCCAUGUUUGCGGCGAACCCGGAUCUGGGGUCAGGAUCGGUGUCGAUGCGGCGACAUUCGCGACAGGUGCAGAACCUGGCGGCGGUGAUUCUAGCGAAGAUCAAGGCGACGAUGCCGCUGCAGAAGACGGGAAAGCAAGCGGGCGAGCGGGUGCAGCUGGCCAGCACGACGUUGGAAGAGCUGAGCAAGAUGUUUGCGAAGCUGCUGGUGGAGGGAGGAGAGGAAAAGAGGAGCGAGGACGAGGCCCAGAAAGACGGGACGACGACGACGGCCACAUCGACGACGACAUCCUCGGUAGAAGGACUCGCGUACGCGUCUCUGCAGCCACGAGUCAAAGAGGAUCUGGCCGGCAACGCAGCCGUGCUGCGGCGACUCAUACAGACGCUGCAGACGGCACCGGCACGAUCACCGCUGACGUAUGGCGGCCUUAGCAUCCUGGCCAACCUGACGCGAUACCGGCCUACGCAGACGGAAGAGCAGCGACGCAUGGGCCAGCUCAAGGCGUACGCCGAUGCAGCCGGCAAGGGCGGCAAGCUGGCGGCCGAGCAGCGUGAUCAACUGGACGACGACGAGCAUGUGGCCCAACGCUGCCAGCAGGUCUUUGCGGCGGGCGUGAUGCCGGUGCUGGUCAGCCACAGCCGUCGGGGCUCACCGGCAUCGCUGGGACUGAUUGUGGGCAUCGUGCACGCACUUUCGGUCACAGCACGACUGCGAGGACAGCUGGCACAGCAGGGAGCCGUUCGGCUGUUGAUGGAUGUGUGGGAGGGGGAGGAGACCUCAAGAGGGACAGGAGCCACUCCGACUACAACUCCGACUACCACCCAACGAACUGCCGCUCAGGCUCUCGCACGCAUCCUCAUCUCGACGAAUCCGGCCCUCGUGUUUGGCGGCACGCGCGGAUCGACGCCGAUGGCUGCGGCGAUCCGACCGCUGGCAUCGCUGCUGCGGCGACCGGACGACGACGACAACGCCGGCCCGACCGACUUGCUGCCGACCUUUGAGGCCCUGAUGGCGCUGACCAACCUGGCCUCGACCGAGGACGAUGAUGUGCGACGGGCCAUCAUCCGGACAGCCUGGGCCGACGUCGACGAGCAGCUGCUGGCGCGCAAUCCGCUGGUCGCCCGCGCCGCCGCCGAGCUGGUCUGCAACAUCGUGCAGGGCGUCGAUGGGAUUGCCCUGUACGCCGUCGAAAAGGAAAACGGAGAUCCAGCUUUGGUGAUUGCUGCCCGCAAUCGCCUCAACGUCCUGCUCGCUCUCGCCGACGCCGAAGAUGCGGCCACGCGCUGCGCUGCCGGCGGCGCUCUCGCCGGCCUCACCGCCUACCCUGCCGUCGUGCGCGGCGUUCUCGCCCGUCCUGCCGGCGUUGACCGUCUGCUCGGCCUCUGUGCCGCCACCGAGACCGAGGACCUCCGUCAUCGUGGCGCCGUUGCCGUCUACAACGUGGCCGCUGCUGACGGCGACACUGGCCGGGCUGCCCGCGUCGCCCUGCGCGCUGCCAAUGCUGUCACCAUCCUCACGGACUGCGCCAAGGCCAGCCGACGGCCCGAGGUCAUCGAGGCCGUCGUGUUCGCUCUCAAGGCGGUGGUGGAUGGAAAUGAAGGGAACUAG